AUUUGGUUGUCCAAUUGUAUCUUGGGCUUGGCCCAUUUCAGAAAUCCUGGUUUCGGUGAUUGAUGCAUGAGAUAAUGCUGUUAAAAAGAAGAAUCAAUUCUAUUUCCCAAAGCCGCCCAAUUUACAUAAAAUAAAGUGCGUUCAGAUUCUAGUCGAUUCUUCGCAGUCUUCUAACACCUACUGCGACUUGAGAGAGAGAGAGGGAGAGAAUGGAGCGGGAGGUCGUUAGGCUUCGUUGCCAGCGAAUCGGAUGCAACGCCACAUUCACCGAAGACGAUAAUCCCGAAGGUUCCUGUCAAUACCAUGAUUCGGUAUGCCUUACCUUUUGAAUUUGGUUGCAUCUUUUCCUUUCUGUUUCUGUAAACCAUUGAAAUUGUUUUGAAGCUUCAUACAGUUCAUAAUUGAUGAAUCACGAAUUACUGCGUUUCAAUUAGGUUAACUAAGUACCAAUGAGGAUUCCUUGGUCUCUUUUAUUUAUUUAUUUGUUUAAAAUGAUGGACGUGAGCAGCUUCACCAAGCUACUUUCCGUUUUUAGAUGGUUGGCAUGAACUGUUAGUUUUAAUUCUUGUUUGAAAUGGUUGGAAUCAACUAUUAAUUGGAGUAAUAGGACCUUCUUUGUUUCAUUCACAAAUCUGCGAGAUUGAUCUCAUCCUCGGCUAUUAUGUUCAUGAUUUUGGUACAUCGCCUAAUUAGACAAGUUAUCUAGUCUUUCAAUUGCCUUCUAAUUAACGAGAAGAGAUCAAAGUUGACGGAUCUCUCUUCUGUAUCGUGUUGGUUGCUGGCUAUAAUUCAUUUGGCUCUUCAACUUUGUAAUUGAUGCAUAACAACAUCUGGCUAUUGAGAAUUUGAGAUGAUGUUUGUAAUCUCUGUGAUUUCCCUUUUUCAUGGACUAAGUUGUCAAGCACAGAAACUCCCCAAUGUGGACAUGUAAUUUAGGUUCCUCAAAUAGCAAGGCAGAAAACUUUGAUGAAUAUGUGGAUAUGUAAAAGCUUAGAUUUACAAGAGACUCAUUCUUAAAGUGUACAAUGCACCAUUUUUGUUCAAUUGUUGAUGAGUUUAGGUUUUCUACAUAGCAUAGAUUAUACAGUUCAGCAUUGUACUUUAAAGUUUAAACUGUGUAGAUGGUUGUCGUUUCUGUUGCUAGUUGUUGAAAUUGUAUUUUACAUAGAUCUGGGUUUCCAGAAACAUCAAUUACAUUUCCCUCCUUUUUGUUUUAAGAGUCUACAUAUUUUAUUUUUAUGUGUUAUCAUUAUCACUGCUGAUCGUGAAACCAAUUGCUUGCAUUGCCCUUUUAUUUACUUUUGUAAUUGAAUACUGAAUUUGAAGUAUUUUUGGAUUAUGCUAAUUAGCUUUUUAACUUUACAUGGUUGGGCUGUGUAUCGCUGCAAAUGCGCAUAUGUAUUGUCAGGGACCUAUUUUCCAUGAUGGAAUGAAAGAAUGGAGUUGUUGCAAGAAAAGAAGUCAUGAUUUCACCUUAUUUUUAGAAAUUCCUGGAUGUAAGACAGGUAAACACACAACUGAGAAACCUGUGUUAGCAAAGGCUACUGCAAGUCCAAAGAAUCCAAUUCCUCCUCCCACUGCAGCUACCACAACCAACUUGUCCUCUAAGGAAUCUUGUCCUAGGUGCAAGCAGGGUUUCUUUUGCUCAGAUCAUGGUUCCCAAGCAAAGCAAGCUCCACUUGCUAGAAGCAAUGUGGGUACGCAAGGGUCCUCUGCACCUCCAAAGAUGGUAGUAGACAUAAACCAGCCUCAAACCUGCAGGAAUCAGGGGUGUGGUAAAACUUUCAAAGAAAAAGAUAAUCAUGAAACUGCCUGUAGUUACCAUCCUGGGCCUGCUGUUUUUCAUGAUCGGUUGAGAGGGUGGAAAUGUUGUGAUGUCCAUGUAAAGGAGUUUGAUGAAUUCAUGAGCAUUCCACCUUGCACAAAGGGAUGGCACAAUGCUGAUCCAGCGUCUUGAGCUUCACGAGAUGAAAUGUUCCUCUGCUAUUUCUUGUAUUUGAAAAUUUUGUUCAGGGCGAUAUAUUUUCCUGUCUGGCUGUUCCACUGGAAUUAAACUUUCUUCCAGUUGGCCUCUCCUUAUGAUUUCCUUUUUCUUCCUCCAGUCUUUUCGCCUUGUGAAACUGUUGUUACAAUUGUGGACUCCUGCUUUUGGUAGGAUGCCUGUGAACUUCUUCAAUCGUUUAUAAUGAAGGAACCUGGCCAUUUACAAA